UUGGUUGAAUGUCUUCGAUUUAAGCGAACUACGUUGAUCCGUGCGGGAAAGUAUUUAAUAGAUCGAUAGAACGAAGACUUCUAUCGGGUUAUUCACACACAACAGCCUGGAAGGGCUGUGACUUGCAAGUUGUGAUGCCUCGAGGCAAACACCUUUUCGUUUGGCGCUCCCUCGAUCUGUUUGCCAUUCUAAGCCUAGAAAAAUGAGAAAUGGUAUGUCUGAUGCUGAUAAAUCUUGGCUUCCACGAAAGGUACGUCAGUCAGGAAACAAACAGAGGGGGGAUUAAUAACAUUCCCAGAGAAUCUCUCUUCCUAAAGUCAUCAUCUCCGCCUACACUGAGACGGGCCAAGAGGAAUCGUCAAUCGUCGUUCCAUUGCAACGGGCGUACACCGGUAGAAUGCCUGUGAUAUCAUCCCGCCCCGCUGACACUCCCUGUGCUACCCUCGGUGUUCAGGGCCUCUUGGAUCAACUCAACAUCACACUGGGAACAUCACACACUCUCACUAGAUCCCUCUCCUCCCUUCUUAAAGAGUGCAUUGCAAACAACUACGACUUUGGCAUGGCAUAUGGCCGCCUCCGCCGGAUAUGGUACACCCGCAGCGGGAGCACUAUACGAUACAUACUGCGCGAAUGGGAAAAGAAGGACCGAAAGAUGCGAUGGAAAGCACUCGUCGGUAACCGGAUCGUCGAAACAAGGUUGCCACCUCGACGAGUCUGGGAUCUGUACAGUAAUCGGGUGGUGCCAUGGUGGUGCACAGGCAUAACCGAGCACUGGACAUUGAGGCUUCGGCCAAUAUCGCAUGCAUGGAUGGACGAGGAGAAUCGUGUCGAUGUGUGGACACCCAUAAACGGACACGAAUGGCCCGUUCCCAUCCCGAAAGACACCAGCCUCAAGCUGAUCCGCAUUGAGAUGCUCAAUCUUCAAGUGGAGUAUACAUGGUUGGAUGUUCUCUGUUUGAGACAGGUGGGUGGACAGCAGGAGGAUAUGCGUGCGGAAGAGUGGAAGCUGGAUGUGCCCACCAUCGGAGCAGUGUAUCAUAAGGCCAAGGUGAUGUGGUACUUGAGUGGGCUGGGUCGGCCUUUGAGUUUGAAGGAUGGCGACUUGGACAGUGAUCGGUACUGGUUUAGACGUGCAUGGACGCUACAGGAGGUUGGCAGGGCCAGGUACAGGGUGAUUGCUGGGGACACGCCACAUGGACCGAUGCAUGCCAAGCAUAAGGAUGGGAAGUAUGAGACUGAGCUACUGACCAGGUUUCACAGGCAGCUGCAGUCUGGGGAUGAUGUCGCGUACGGUACUGUAUUUGAUGUGCUGAAGGAGAUGCAGAUGCGGGUGUCGACCAACCCGGUGGACAAAGUCGCGGGACUGGCAUUUCUUCUGGACUCCGAGAUGAUACCGGCAUACUAUGAGAGCGAGUCUCUCGAGGACGCAUGGACAGCUCUCGUCAAUUCGAUGCGUGCUGAGAUUCGGGGGUUGUUGUUCAUGUAUCCUGAACCGGGCAAUGCAGGCACAAAACAGUGGAGACCAUCGUGGGACCAGCUUAUGACGAAGCCUCUGCCCGCAGAUCACUGGUACUCCGACCUCAACGUUGGUCGGAAAGAGGAGAUAGAUAAAGACUCGUGUAAUGCGAAGUGCAUUGAAAAGGGGUUGGUGUGGGGGUUGGCUGUUGUGGAAGGAAGCAGUGAUCGAUGGGGGGAGCUGAUUGUUCAAGACGCGGGUGGGACAGAACAUACAUUCAACAUCACAGCCACCCACCAGUACCCGAUACCUGACGACACAUACACACUGAUUUGCGCUGGUAGUUGGUUGUCCCAAUUUUGCGUUGUCGGGCGAAGACUGCCAGGGAAAAGGUUUGAGAAAGUGUCAGUGUUGCAAAUUCCCGGUAAAGAUGAAUGGAGGCGGUUGAUGGAUAUUAGUGAAAAGUGUCGGUAUAGUCUUGUUUAAGUACAUAUUGUACUAGCUCUUCUUAAACCGAGUCGUUAUCAUACCUACCUGAGGGUGCGAGGGACUGCUCUUAUGAAGGGUACACACCGCCACUGCCAGGUAUAAAGGUUUGUUGAUUGCGAAAAUCCGUGCUGCUGCCUUUCUCAGGUGUAGCCUCGCCGCAUCGCCAUCGUCCGACCUAUCUCUAAUUUCAAACCCAUGUCCUCCUGUUCCCCUUC